AUGAAUGGCCUUCCAGUUGACCAACAAGAAACCCUAUUGUCGCUGUACUGGCGAUGCGGAUCAACACUUGAUUCUGUUUGCGCGGCUGCACUGGAGCUUAAUCUGUUCGAGAUCAUCUCGAAAGCCGGCGGCGAACUCUCCGCCGCGGAGAUUGCAUCUCAUCUCCCAACCCAAAACGAACAAGCACCCGAGAUUAUCGACCGGAUGCUGCAUCUUUUAGCUGCCCAUUCAAUUGUGAAAUGCACAGUUGUUCAUCAUGAUGGCGAUGAUGAUAGCGUCACGAGAUUAUACGGUUUGACUCCCUUGUCAAUGUGCUUUCUUCCUGAUAAAGAGGGAAUUUCCAGAGCUCCACUUGCUGCAUUGUUCAAUGAUAGAGCUUUCCUCGACAGUUGGAAAUACUUGAAGGAUGCCGUACUAGAAGGAGGAAGUCCAUUUCAGAAGGCAAACAAUGGAGUGGGCCUCUUCGAAUAUAUGGGCAAAAACAGCAGGUUUGCACAAAUAUUUGAUGGUGCAAUGCAGAAAACGUCCACAAAUUUCACUAGAGAAGUCCUUCAGCACUAUAAAGGAUUUGAGAAUCUAAAAGAAAUAGUAGAUGUUGGUGGGGGAAUUGGGUCUACACUUAACAUGAUCAUUUCCAAAUACCCUGGGAUCAAAGGAAUCAAUUUUGACCUGCCUCAUGUAAUUGAGAAAGCUCCUAUUUGGCCAAGUGUGGAGCACGUGCAAGGUGAUAUGUUUCAAUCAGUUCCAAAAGGAGAAACUAUUGUUAUCAUGCGAGUACUUCAUAACUGGUCCGAUGAAAAAUGUGUGAAGGUGCUGAAGAAUUGUUUGGAUGUGCUACCGGACUUUGGCAAGGUUAUAGUUAUUGAAAUGAUACCAUCUGAAUCCUCGGAAACUAAUAUCUCUUCAAGAGUUGCGUUAUCUUGUGAUAUGAUAAUGUUUGCUUUAACACAAGGUGGCAAAGGAAGGAGUCAGAGAGAGUUUGAGGCUCUUGCGAAAAAAGCCGGUUUUGAAUCUUCGAAAUUGGCAUGUCGCACUCAAGAGUUAUGUGUUCUUGAGUUUUACAAGAAUUAA